AUGGUGGACCUGCCUCCACGUCGCACUAAUGAGGUCCAUGGCCGCCAAAACCUGGGCCGCCAUGAGGACCACCGGGGCCACCAGGACCGCCGGGACCACGGAAUCCGGGGCCGCCCGGUCCGCCGUGCGGGCCACCAGGGCCACCAUGACCGCCAGGGCCUACCUCCACGUCGCGCUUCGGGGGCCCGUGGCCACCAAAGCCUGGCCCGCCGUGAGGGCCACCAGGGCCACCCGGCCCACCCGGUCCACCGUGGGGGCCACCAGGACCGCCGGGGCCGCCAGGACCACCAAAUGGCGGCCGGAUAG